GUAGCCCAAUGUGGAACCAGUAAUAUCGGAUCUACUCACACUAACAAGAUUGUGGGCGGGCACGUUGCCACCAAGGGAGAAUUCCCUUGGCAGGUAUCUCUGAGAUACUCUAACCAGCACCUGUGUGGUGGAACCCUGAUCGACUCACAAUGGGUGGUCACUGCUGCUCACUGUUUCGAAGAUACAAACCACCAUGGCUGGUCAGUCGGAGUCGGUAUACAUGAUCAACAUCACGUGUACUCGUCCAGUAUACACCACGUGUCCAAUGUCAUUGUCCACUCCGGAUACAACUCCAACAAUAACCAUAACGACAUUGCCAUGAUGAAGUUGUCUUCACCCGUCAAUCUCUCUGGCGAUUACGCAAGAGCGGCAUGUUUGCCAAACAGCAAUGAAGACUUUGACUCUAACACGUGCACGGUUACUGGUUGGGGCGCCACCUACUAUGAUGAGCACGGCCGUGCUCCAUUGACCCGGUUUCUUGAGAAGGUUGACAUCCCCAUCCUAACAAACAGUCAAUGUGAAUACUACCUUGGACGACACGCAAUCUACUCCGGCAAUAUCUGCGCAGGCUUCAGCGCGGGUGGCAAGGACGCUUGUCAGGGUGACUCUGGUGGACCUUUGGUAUGUAAACAUAACGGAGUAUACAAGCUAGCUGGCGUGGUAUCCUGGGGAUACGGCUGUGGUGACGCCGGGACACCUGGUGUCUACACACGAGUAUCAUCCUUCCUGUCGUGGAUACAACAAGUCAAAAACUCUCAUUAAAACCUUCAUACUGCCGUCUACUGUAUUAAAACUAUCAUAUAUUAUAGAUUGUUGUUUUGAUAUCAAAUAAACGAUACAAUGUAUUAAG